AUGAACUCUGCUCAUCAUUCCAGUAUCAAGCGCACUCCAUUCAAAGCAUUGUUUGGCACUGAUCCUAGGAUGGGUCUGACGUCAUCAAGUCUUCCUCUAAAGGUCUUUGCAAGAUUACAGUCAGAGGAUGACUUGUUCGCCCUCUUUGCAAACCCUUCAGAAGAAGUUCUUGCUCAAGAUCCCCAGCCACCACCAGCAUCUGCAGCACCAGUUCCCACCUCUCAGAAAGAGAUAACAGAACAGAGGAAGAGUGCCAGGGAGGCACAACUCUCCCAGGCUGAACGCAAGGUGAAACGCAGCCGGAUAGACUUCAAGGCAGCGGAAGAAGGGGAAUAUGUUGCUGUGGCCACCCCCAUGGUGGAGAGGGGAAAGGGAGAUCCACGUAACAUCCUCGGUGUUAUCAUUGGCCGCAGUGAUAAUGAUUUGUACACAAUAGCUGUGAAGAAUGAGAUUCUGACGACCAAGUACUCCCGCAAUCAAUUUGAUAUUUCUCCCCAGAGACUUCUUACUCUGUAUGAUGUCAACAAAAAGACCUGGUAUCCCUACGACAGGCUCAGCUACUGGUGGACAAAGAUUUGUCAAAUGUGA